ACCACAGCAGUACGCAUAACAUUAUUAGUUUUUCAAGCUCAAUGUUCGGCGCGAGAUAUAUCCGCCACCGGUCGCAACCGUCAUCGGUCCGAGGGUGCACUCAACGGAACCUUAGCUUGCUUAAGAGAUUGACGAGUGUGUGGAGAACGAUAAUGGUGAUGUAUUUAAUAGCUUCGGGGACAACUGAUGCAAGGCCGAUGAUGACGUGGAAGAAUGUCGGAGAUUUCCGUUACUCACUGGGGAAUCGGCUUCAGAGAGGGCCUGUCCCUCCGUCUGAGCCUUCUCAAUGCCACCACCGACUAAAUCCUCUCUCCCAUCCGGAGGUUUUCUCUCCCCACGAUUUUGUUCUUUGCCCUUGAAUUCUCUUUCAUUCCCCAGUUUUUUUUCCCUCCUUACACAGAAAUUGUUGUCGGAGUAAAGCAUAGGUGAGCUUAAU